AUGGCCGAGUCCGACAAUGGACCAACCGGCCGAAGCAUUCCACCAAGCAAGAAAAGGUCAUGGUUGCCAACUUCUCUGAGGCGUCCCUACCUUUCUGCUCUGGCUAGCUUCUUUAUUUUAAUGGCACUUUCCAUCGAGGCUCUUCGUCAGUACUCAAAUCAUCACCAUGGGAUCAUCCAUGUCAAGUCAUACGAGGACCUCGCCCGGUUUACCUCAGGGGUUUACACAUAUGUACCCACAGCGUUUGCAAUCCUAGCAGUGGCGUUAUGGAAUGUUUGCGCUUUGGAUGUUCUACGACUGGAGCCGUUUUUUCAACUCGCCAGACCUAACGGUGCCCCCGGAGACAUUCUCUUCACCAAUUACUGCUUCUUUUAUGGCAUCAUGGCACCCAUCAUGGCGAUCCGAAACCGACAUUGGAUUGUAGCGGCGGUGUCAUCGACUUCAAUCAUUCUACGAAUGAUGUUGCCCUCCGUAUUGUCUGGCCUUGUGAACCUUGAUGAGCCAAAUAUCGUCUUCGCGAGGCAUCUCGAUACCUGGCCCAGUCUGAUAAGCCUAGAGUCACAGAACACUUUACUCGCGAACGUUGCAGCCCAUCGCGGGAAUCACACCGCACCCCAUGUGGAUACAUUCUUUGCCUAUCAAGUACCUGGUUAUUCCAUGCCGCCCAUCUCAAUGCCAGCACACUCCAGGCCGGGAACGGGAACUUCAACCUGGAAACUCAACCAAGACAUUUACUGGUCUGACAUGAGUUGUGUGGAAACCCAUUCCAACACAGUCAUGCCUGGGAAGAUAUUUGAUUCUACAAAUGGCAUGCCACUUUUGGAAUGGAACAUUCCCAACUUGUCGAUUCAAAGCUCUUCGGGCACUAAAGUGGUUUCCAAUUGUGACAUCAAAAUAUCUCUGAACAGCACCUACCCGCCCGACAGUCGACUGCCUCAGCUUAUGUACUGGGAGCCUCUUGGCUUCUAUGGAAAUUCCAGUGCAACUUUCACCUGGGACGGUGACGGAUGUACGCCCCUUUCACUAUUUGGGAUCUCCAUCGACGUAAACCCCAGGUGGAACAAUUUAUCAUCUAAAGCCAGUGUCUUCGGCUGCACAAGCACAUAUCUACGCUCUAAUGCUGAUAUAACCCUACCAGCAAACACAUCCAUAGCCACUUUGGCGAAUAUAUCGAGCUCGACAAGAUCUCUCACUUCUAUGGAUCUCGGCCUUGCAGAGUUCCAACGUAUGCUUUUCACGAGGCUUCCUCGCGAUGGUCGCGGGCGAUGGAACCAAAGAGAAUCAGAGUUCACUUCCUUGGUCUCCGGCUCCGAUAGUUCUUUGGCUGAUCCCCAGUCCGAUCGUAUCAGUCUCGCUGAGUACCAACGGGACAUUGGUAAGACUUGGAAUCAUCAUUUUGUUUCCUCAAUGAACCGAUUCUUCAAGACAACAGCAGAUCCAACUCGGAUCCCGGCCAACCACAGCACCUUGACCAUCAUAUAUAGUGUCACAUCUCAGACUGCUACUCUAGCCGAGGUUCUUUUGCUAUCGGCAGCCCUGUUGCUCCUGGUGAUGUUCUUUCUAUACCCUUUACGACCAAACUUUCUUCGUUCAGAUCCUGGUCCGAUCGCAGCGCAAUGUGCCCUUGUGACAGACAUGUUCUCCUCGCUAAGCCAUAUCACGGAUUCUGGAAUGGAUUAUUGUCGUGCAACUCCUCGACAACUUCGCCGCUUUUCCCGGUCUCUGUGGUGUAAAAUGAUUGAUGGGCCUGAUGGCAAGCACAUCGAGAUAACCCCACGCCAGGGCCAGGCGCCCAGAGCAGAGAACCGAGCUCCGGGUAGAAUGCAACUCAAUACGCGACCGCAUUUCUUGACGCCUCUUUGGUUUCUGAUAGAAUGUCUGCUCAUGACAGGUGUACUCAUUACAUUCGGAAUAUCGUUUCAAUUUAUUCGUCUGGAUAAAUUUGAUACAUCCGACUCUACAGGCACUACGGUACUUUGGCUCUUCUUGGACUAUGGCCCGACUGUUGUCGCCUCUAUGAUCAGCUCUCUCUUUGUCUCCGUCCACCGACACAUUGGUAGCAUUGAGCCAUGGGUGCAGCUCCGCGAGGGAAUGGCUACAUCCAAAGAGUCCUUGGCGGCUAAUUUCGGUUCUCACACUCCUCUGACGAUUUGGAGUCAGUUUCGUGACAGAAGACCACCUCUCCUCGUCAUUCUUUCUGUGAUAUGUAUCUUUGACUUUGGCCUCACCAUCGCCAGCAGUGGAAUGUUUGAACCCUCUGUUGAUACAUGGACGGACCAUACUAAAGUUGUCACCGCACAGUAUAAUACGUCGGUAUUUGGCAAUCCAUAUAUUCAGACCGAAUUCAGUGGAACCAAUUUGAUUUCCGAUGUUCUGCUCAUCGGAAAGCCGAUGCUUUCUUGGAAUACUGCCAACCUGUCGUUCUACCCCCUUGGAGUAAAUGAUCCCGACGCCCAAUACGUGGACCAGGCCAUCUAUACCGCUCAAACGCGUGGGGUCGGGGUCGAGCUUCAGUGUGGCCAGGCAUCUUACAUUCAUAGCUCGUCCAAUUCCUCGUAUUGGACCUAUAAUGCCUCCGUGGACGCAACAGUAUCAAGUUGUACAGCAGAGAUGCAAUCGCCAGGUGCGCUCGAUACGUCAUCGAGAACAUACAACGGAUCGCUCUAUUUCAGUACCGCCUUGAAUUCAAGCCGCGCUUGUCAGAUGUCUUUCACUGUUGGCCUUGGAGAAUCAAACGAUACUCGAAUUUCCCGUGGGGGUUUCUCGACAGUCUUCUCCUGUAGCCCUAAAAUCAUACUUGAAGAUUUUCGAUUGAAUUUCGACAUUGACGGGAUCGUUUCUUACUACCAGCCUAUACAUGCUAGCUCGAUCACGAGUGGGCAAAUGUUCCAAAAUGCCUCGGAUAGCAUAUUAUCAUUCAAUAGUGCUUUUAUGCGAUAUGCCCAAGUCGACAACUCCUGGAACGCGCUUGUGACAUCCCAAGUCUACAAUAUUCUCGCUUCUGGCUCCGCUUCUCAAGGCUCUUCAUCGCCACAUUCCCACACCCAUCGGCCUACUCAUAAGCACCAUCAUAAACUUCCCCCGACAACUGAAUCUCAAAAGCAAGCCCUCGUCAUGCGCACUGUGCAACUUGCAUAUCAAACAGCUUUCAGUACCUACAUAAGCCUCCAGCGGGAUCUCUACCUAUCUCCUCUUACACUUUCAGGAAACACCAAUAGAAGUGUCCCUGCUAUCGUUACAUCUGCUGUGUGGUACAUUGAACCAUCCAAUGCAACAAUUGUUGCAAUCAUCGUUAUCCUUUCCAUUGAUCUUGCCAUCCUCAUGAGUGUCUUCUGGCUACGUCAUGGGCAUUAUUCCGGCCCACCAUUUCCUCGUUCAAUCGGAUCUUUGAUCCCUUGGGUCCUCCACAGCAGGAUGUUGAACGAUGUGCGCGAAACCAGCACCUGGAGUGGAGAAAAACGCAAUGAACACUUACGAAAACUUGGUCAUCGGUACAAAUUUGGCAAUCUUGGCAACGCCGAUGCUCGGCUCGGCCUUGAUUACGACGAGAAGCCUGCGAUAGAGGAGGAGGGUCAUGAAUUGGGUAUAUACGGACCACUACAGCCAUCCAGAACCGGAGAGCCUGAUAUUAAUUCGACUGAUAGUGGCGGAACUUUGUUGAGCCAUUCUGUACAUAGUUCAGGCACAUAG